AUGAAAAUUACAGGUGUUGAUGAACGCAUUCACGUUUUGGAUGACCAAUCGAACGUAUGGACGGUGAUCCGGGAAAUCGUAAGUAACAAGAAUCAGGAAGAUGCCUUUUACGUCUUGGAUGUCGGAGAUAUCGUCAGAAAACAUCAGGAAUGGCGCGAAAAACUACCUCGCGUCACGCCGCACUACGCUGUCAAAUGCAACGACAGUGUUACAGUUCUUGUAACUCUCAACGCCUUGGGAACUAACUUCGACUGCGCUUCAAAGGGCGAGAUUAAUAAAGUACUCAGCAUGGGUGUAGAACCCGAAAGAAUCAUCUUUGCUAACCCUGCCAAACCUCUCAGCCAUAUCAAACAUGCUGCAGCCACUGGAGUUAACACUAUGACAUUCGACAGCGAUACUGAAUUGCACAAAGUUAAGAAUCUCUUUCCUGAAGCCAAGUUAGUAAUUCGCAUUCGUUGCGAUGCCACUGAUGUCCAAUCUCCACUGGGAAACAAAUUUGGUUGUGAUCCUAUCAUUGAGGCUCCAGAACUUCUUCGAAUCGCUAGAUCCCUUGACUUGGACGUCGUUGGUGUGAGUUUUCACGUAGGCUCCGGAUGCCGUGAACCGCCAGUUUUCCGUAGGGCUAUUUCAGCAGCAAGGGACGUAUUUGAUUUUGCCGAAACCUUGGGCUAUAACUUUUCUUUACUUGACAUCGGAGGAGGAUAUCUUGGUGCAAAAGGAACUUCUAUCCAUCAGAUCGCUGAAAUUGUCAAUCUCGCACUGGAUAAUUACUUCCCCGAUCCAUCAAUUGAUGUAAUAGCUGAACCUGGUCGUUUCUAUGUAAGCUCUGCCUACACCUUGGUGUGCAAUAUCCAUUCAAUUAAAAACGUCAAUCAAAUCAACGAUGACAGUGAAAAUAAUAUGCACCGCAUGUACUACAUCAACGAUGGAAUCUACGGCAGUUUCAAUUGCAUUUUGAACCAUCGUCAGGUCUUAGUACCACAACCUCUUGAAGAACGCGUUGGGGCAAAAUACUACGACAGCAGCGUAUGGGGACCGACCUGCGAUGGACUCGACCAAGUAAUUGAACAUGUAAUGUUGCCAGAAAUGAAAGUUGGUGAUUGGUUGGUGUUUGAAGACAUGGGAGCAUACACCCUUCCUGUUGCCAGUUCUUUUAAUGGUUUUCCAAUUCCUAAAGUCCAUAUAGUAAUGGACGAGAGCAACAGGUAA